GAGUGAGUGCUGGCGCUCGCCGGGAGCACGCAGGCGCCCUUCUCCAGUUGUGCACUCCCGUGGUGGAGCUGGUGUGAGAAAGAGGAGCCGCCGAGGCGUCCGCUCUCCCUCCCCUCCUCCCCGCCCGGGGAAGGGAGCCCGAGGAAACCCGGGGCGGCCCCCCGCCUCCGACCCCUCCCCCCCUCCCCGGGCCAGGCACGGGCGACCGGCGGGAGCCAGGAACCCAGCCUCGCGCACUGCAGUCCCAGGAACGACGGCGGCUGCGGCGGCGGCGGCGGCAGUGGCGGGACUUUUCCUGCGGGAGGCGGAGCAGCUGGGACUACCGGUUGCACCGAGGGACGGCGGGGAAACCCCCCUCCCGUCCGGCCCAGCCCGCGCCCCCGCGCGCCCCCGCGCCCCCGCUCCCGGAGCCCGCCCGGGCCGUGCGGCGGCCCCCGGGCCUGGGCGGGAGCGCUGACAGCUGCGGCGGCUGCCCCGGGAGUGCGGGCAGCGAGCGCGGGAGGGGGCCCAGGUGGCGGGCAGCCGUGCGGGGGCGCCCCAGGAUGCUGAGCUUCCUGCGCAGGACCUUUGGCCGGCGGUCGAUGCAGCGCUACGGGCGGGGAGCGGCUGGGCGCGCGGCCGGCGGGCUGGGCGACGAGCGGGACGGGGGUCCCCGGGGGGCCUCUUCGGCUCCCCCGCCCGCCGCCCCCGGGGGCAGCGUGUUCCCCCCCGGCGGCGGGCCCGUGCUCACCGGCGGAGCCGCGGUUCACAUCCCCGCCGCCGGAGCCGCCAAGGCGGCUCUCUACUGCCGGGUCUUCCUGCUCGAUGGGACUGAAGUCAGCGUGGACCUGCCGAAACAUGCCAAAGGCCAGGACUUGUUUGAUCAGAUUGUAUAUCACUUAGAUCUUGUGGAAACAGACUACUUUGGCCUCCAGUUCCUCGAUUCUUCCCAGGUCACACACUGGCUAGACCAUUCAAAACCUAUUAAAAAGCAAAUGAAAAUUGGAUCUGCUUAUGUUUUGCACUUUCGAAUUAAAUACUAUUCUUCAGAACCCAACAAUCUUCGAGAAGAGUUUACAAGGUACCUGUUUGUAUUACAACUCAGGCAUGACAUUCUUUCAGGAAAAUUAAAAUGCCCAUAUGAGACUGCUGUGGAGCUAGCUGCCCUGUGUCUUCAAGCGGAACUUGGGGAGUGUGAACUUCCGGAACACACGCCUGAGCUAGUGUCUGAGUUCCGAUUUAUUCCAAAUCAGACUGAGGCAAUGGAGUUUGAUAUCUUCCAAAAAUGGAAAGAGUGCAGGGGGAAGAGUCCUGCACAAGCUGAACUUUCCUAUUUGAACAAAGCAAAAUGGUUAGAAAUGUAUGGAGUAGACAUGCAUGUAGUUAAGGGAAGAGAUGGCUGUGAAUAUGCUCUUGGUCUAACACCAACAGGGAUAUUAAUCUUUGAAGGAGCUAACAAAAUAGGUUUAUUCUUUUGGCCCAAAAUUACUAAAAUGGAUUUUAAAAAGAGCAAAUUAACCCUUGUUGUCGUAGAAGAUGACGAUCAGGGGCGAGAGCAAGAGCACACAUUUGUUUUCCGCUUAGAUAGCUCCAGGACCUGCAAGCACCUCUGGAAAUGUGCAGUUGAGCAUCAUGCAUUCUUCAGAUUGAGGACACCAGCAAAUAAUAAAUCCAAUAGAUCAGACUUCAUAAGGCUAGGAUCACGCUUUAGGUUCAGUGGGAGAACAGAGUAUCAAGCUACUCAUGGGGCUCGGUUAAGAAGAACUAGUACCUUUGAAAGAAGACCUAGUAAACGAUACCCAUCACGGAGGCAUUCAACUUUUAAAGCAAACAAUCCAGUGAAAGCAGCCCAGCUAUGCUCCAAAAAUAAUCCAGAAAUUCACAAUUACCAGAUGCAAUACCAUCCUAAUAUACAUCCUGGGCAACAAUGGCAUCCUCACUCUCCAAAUGUAAGUUAUCCUUUGCCCUCACCAGUGCUCAACAAUUCUAAUCUGCUGCUAUUCAACAUUGAAGAAAAUGGGGGAACCCCAUUUACCACCAAAGUACCAGGAAGACAUCACCACCAUCACCACCAUCCCCACCAGCACCAACACCAACACCAGCAUCAGCACCAACACCAACACCAACACCACUCCAAUUAUGGAAUACCAGUCCCUCUUGAAAGCAAAGAGAUGACUACUGGAAUCCCAACCCCUAGUAAACUGAGCCCAGGACCUCCCAUUCUUUACAACGAAGCUGCUGCCCACUUGAAGAAGAUGGAAAUGGAAACCUCCAAGGUAGUUUCCCCUUGGCCUGCUCUUCAUAUCAACAUAAAUAAGGUAGAAGAAAAGAAAGUUCCUGAAAAAAGUCUUCAGUUCCCACUUCUGCCUUUACCUGUUCCUGAUCAACUAAAAUGCAACAUUCUAAAAGCCCAGAUAGAAACAGCUUCCAAAGCCAGUGCCCAGGUUGUGAAAGAGGAGCCGGAUUUUGCAAAUGUCAAUAAGAAAUCCACUCUUCAGGACCCUAAUGUAAGAAGCCCUGUUCCUUCUAUAAAAGUAGAAACUACCCAACCAACUACAGAAAAGCAAGAGAAGCAAGAAAUUAAACCCCCACGAGUGAGAAAAUUAACAAGACAAUACAGUUUUAACCACAGUGAUGAAGAUGACCUUCCUCCAGCCCUGGCUGCUGCCAUGGCAACAACAGCAUCAGGACCACCAGGAUCUCCAGCAUCCCAGAAAAUCAAUACACCUCAGAAGUUGGAAGGGCAAACCCAGCUAUCUCCCCGUGCAAAGAGUCCCUCUGACACAGGAGAUGUGUUUACCCUGGGACCAGGUGACCUUUUGAUGGAUUUCACAGAAGCUACACCAAUGCAGGCAGAGUCCUCCAGUGCCAUAAAUCCUGCACACUCUCGUUGCUAUCCUCAAAUUUCUAUUCAAAUGAAAGAAGAGAAAAAUGAAGCUUGCAUGGGCCCUCCAAUCAAAACAAGGCUGAUAAAGACCUUCCCUGCUGAUCCAUCUAAUCCCUUUUUGGAUCCUUUCACAACAGCACCACAGCUAAUUGCAGACUUUGGAGAAAGCAAAUUACAGUGUAAUACUGGAAAAUCAUCUCCUUUGACUCCAAAAGCCACUAUGAGGCCUUUGACAGACACAGUCUCAACAGUGCAAACGAUAUUUGCCCGAAAGCCUAUUUCUCUGCCAGACAGUGCUGAGACUCUACGGCAGGAACUAGAGAGAGAAAAAAUGAUGAAAAGACUGUUGAUGACUGAACUAUGAGAAUCAUUCACCCUUUGUCCAGUGGAGAAUGGAGUGGUGCCUUCUGUCAAUCUACAUUCUUCAGCUUUUGUGUGCAUCCGGCAUAACACCCCAUGACAGUGUUGUACGUUGAACUCUGCUGAAUUCUCCACCAUUGGCUGAAAUUAAUCUUUGGUUUGGCUUGACUUUGAAAGAGUCUUUACUCUUGUGUUGCUGAGGAAUACAUAUUGCAUUUUUUUUUCUUCUGAGAAUUUGGAUUUUCUACUGCAAAAUACAGCUGAGACUAGAUUUGGUAAGUCUAGGGAAAGAAAAUUGAAAAACAGGGAAAAAAUACUGAUUUCUUUUCAGAAAUCCUUCUGUACAUAUGUUAAUAGCUGCCAAAAUUAAUGUUGUGCAGAAUCCUUUGAUAUCGACAGAGAAAAAUCUGAUUUUGUAUAACUGAAAAUUUGCCCAGAGCUACUGCCGUUUGUUAAAGAAUCAUUUUUAUGGAUAUGCACCUUGAAUAUUAAUAAAGGUUGCACUAUAAAAAAUUUAGAUAAGAUCCAGAUGAGGUAUCUUUCACAGUUAUGACCGGAGAGAGUUCUUGGCCAAACAAGAAAGAGGUUACAAAAAAAUUUUUUUAAACCAAAAAAAAAAAAAAUCCUUUUAGAGAGAAAAAUUAUACCAACAUUUUAGCCCUGAUUUUUCAUUUAUGCACACACAAAAUAAAUAGACCUUGUAAAGUUCUUCACAUCAAUCAUUAUCUAGAAACAUGUCCAUGAAAUAAAAAGGUGUGUGUGCACAGCAUGCCUGAAAACACUUCAUUUUAACAAUUUAUCUCAUAGCUUAGGUGGAAAUAAACUGAGAAGAGUAAAUUGUUUGGCAUGGAUAAAAAUGUAAUCAUUGCACCCACAAAUGUAGAGUCCCAUUAAAAGACCCUAUAAUUUGAAGAUAAUGCAUUAUUAGAAAGGACUGCUUGGAUUUUUCUGUAAAGGCAGAUUAUUUAUAAAACUCUGUGUUGUGGCAGGAUCUUGGACCAAUGCAACUUUCUCUUAAGAACUGUUACAGGACUUAGAGAUCAUCUGGUCUGCCUACUCUUAUUUUUUGGACUAAGUAACUGAGACCUGGAAAAGCUAAAUCUGCAAGGUCACAUAGCUAGUAACCAGCAGAGCUGGGACCCAAACUCCUGUCCUGUGUCUCUAAAUCUUUCCACUAAGCUGCACUGCCCCUUAAUUUUAGGUACUGUAUGUUUAUGUCACAUAUAAUAUGCUCUCUCUCUUUUUUCCAAUUCUUAAAGCUAAAUGGUGCCAAUUUGAUACUAAUGAAACAUAUGCAGUCACAUCUCAUUUAUCAGGAAGCUAUAGGAAAUGAAUCAAUAGUGCAUUAGUGACUAUUCCAGAUAAAUGAAGCUUAACCCAUUAAGUGAGGAAAUGUUCAAAUUUUAAUACUUUUUAUGGAAUUCUUUCUAAAGUCUAUUAAAUCCUUCUCUGCCUUAGGAAACAGAGAAAACUGAGCAUAAUUUAAUCUUUUUUUUAGUGACUUAAUGACUCCGGGUCAUCAUUAAAAACAUCAGUUAUUGUACUGUGAUGUACUACAGUGAUGUCCUCAGGGACUUUUUGAUGUGUGCAAAGCUUAGUUUUGCCUUUCCCUGAAUUCCCAAAGACUUCUAUGCUUUUCUUAUGAAUUGUUCGGCUGUCUCUUGAAUCAUUUAUGUCAUUAAGGAAUGUUGAGAUGUUGCGAGUUGUUUUGCCUUUACCUGAACAGGAAUACCAUGCUAUGCUGCUCCAGACAGCUCUAGGUGCUAUAUAGUAUAUGAUAUAUAAAAUGUGCUCUUUUAUAAUGUGGGGAGAUGUGUCUUUGUCGAGCACUGGCUGUAAGUAUAAUUUCUCCCUCCUGUUUGC